AUGGCGGACGAGGAGUUAACUGAUAUGAUGGUAGACAUGGAGUUUGGAGAACUGAUGAAAGACUGGAUAGAAGAUUGGUCAGAUGAUGAAAAUUCAGAUCUUGGAAAUCAGGUAGAGAAUGGAAAUGAAUGGGAAGAUUUUAAUAUGGAUGAGCAUGAUGAUGGUCAGGAAAACAAUUCGGAGAUCUCAAAUGAAGAUUACAUUAGUCAGUUCAUUUCUGAAUGUCAUAAUGCGUACGACUAUUACGGUGAAUCCAACGCGGAGACAGGCCUUAACGACGAAUCAUCAGAUGCACCUGAUUCUCGGGAUUCACAGUCGUCGGUCACCAUGAGUGAGGUGAUAGAAGAUGGUGGGGUAAUGAAUGUCCAAGAUACUGCCAAUGCAGAUGAUAAGAGGGAUAUGUUCAUGCAGAUAAUGGACAUGACUUUUAUGACUCACGAUGCUGUGUAUGAUUUCUACAACAGCUAUGCUAGAGCUAAUGGUUUCAGCAUUAGGAAGAAUAAGGUCAGGUAUACCAAAACCGAGGCACAUCUUAUGCGUUAUAGGAAGUUUGUUUGUUCCAGACAAGGGAAACGUGACAGCAAGUUGCUAACCGAGGAAGGGCACAGCCGUCGGCUCAGAGCCGAGACACGCUGCUUUUGCGAAGCACACCUGACUGUCAAGCUUGACCAAAAGCGUGGGGUUUGGUAUGUUGCAAGUUUUGAGGACAAGCAUAGCCAUAUGUUGGAAGGACCGGACGAGGUACGAGGGACUUGUGCGUGGUCUCCUACUGGAUUGAUACCUUGGUUCUCAAAAACUGAGGGAAAUACUUACGCUACUUUGCUGCAUCAUCCUCUCCUCUUCGGGGAAAUCCAAUGUAGUGCUCAAGAGGUAGCAAGAAGAAUUUCUGGCGUCGUUGUCGGGGAGGCUCACGCAAGCAAGUCAACCAUA